CUCCCAAAGACCUUCCCCCCCUUUUCCCCCCUCCCUCUCUUUCCCAACAAUUUGACAAUAUUUUUUCUAUAAUUACACAACUACACCCAAAUCAUAACACUCAUUAUACCAAUUUCUCUGUUUUCCCCUGUUUUUUACAAUUCAAGCCAUCUAAACUUCAAUAUAACUCAACUCACACUCAUAUGUAAAACAACAUUUUAGCCAACAAUCAAACUUUAAACACAAUCACAAACUCAUCUCAAAUUCCAACCAAUUAACACUCCAUGGAGAAGGAUUUCUUUCUAAAUGCCGGUAUACCGCCUUCCCUACGAUAUGAUCAUCCAUUCUCUUCUUCUUCUUCUUCAAUGCCCACAUGGCAAACUCUUUCCUCAGCAAUGGAAAUCCAAACCAAUCAAUCCCAUGAUUGUUUUCUCUCUACACAACCUCCACUUCCUCCUACUAAUCAUAAUAAUAAUACAACUGAUAAUUUUGAGUCUGCUUUAAGCUCUAUGGUAUCCUCUCCUGCAGCGUCAAACUCCGCCUUGUCGAACGACAAUUUUAUGAUCAGAGAGUUGAUUGGAAAACUUGGCAAUAUUUGCAACUCCGGCGACAUUUCUUCAAGCGGACAACACCAUGUUCCGCCACCUUACAUUGGUGCUAAUGGUGGGAAUUGUAGCACCAAUAACUCAACUUAUAGUACCCCACUUAGCUCACCACCUAAAAUGGGGAUAUCAAUGCCAAUUAUGGAUCAUUUGGUCAAAGAAAAUUUCCCCACCUUGGGAAAUUCAAUACCUUUGAGCUCAAAUUUGCCGGCAAUGCCUGGUGAUCCGGGUUUCGCGGAGCGAGCUGCGAGAUUUUCUUCCUUUGGAAGUAGGAGUUUUAAUGGAAGAAUAAGCCAGUUUGGGGUCAAUAACAAUGGUAGCAAUACUAAUACUAAUACUACUACUAGUUUUAACAAUAAUAAUAAUAAUGUAGAAUUGUGUUAUCGAUCCAAUACUAAUACUAAUACUAGUAAUUUAAGUGGAAGUGGUAAAUUACAAAGAGUUUCUAGUAGUCCUUCACUUAUUAAGGCAGCUGGAUCUGAUGAAGCUGAAAACAACAAGAAUUCAUUAUUGUUUCAAAACAAUGAAAGGAAACAAUCUGGAAAUUGUAAUCAAGAACAAGGUGAAUUCUCUAAUUCACGAGACAAUUCGUCGAUUUCGGGCCAAAAUCAAGCAGUUGAAAUUGGAUCAAACAGGAAAAGAAAAGCAGCUCCUCCAAAGGGAAAAUCCAAGGAAAUUCAAUCUCAAUCUCCCCUGCCCAAAGUGGUAGAAAAUGGAGAGGAUUUAAGUGCAAAGAGAAGCAAAUCAGAAGAAAGCGACGAUACGAAAACAGAAGAAACCAGAAGAGAUGAUGGGAAAAAACAGAGUAAUGCAAACCAAAAGCCACCAGAGGCACCAAAGGAUUAUAUUCAUGUUAGAGCAAGAAGGGGUCAAGCCACUGAUAGUCAUAGUCUUGCUGAAAGAGUUAGAAGAGAGAAAAUUAGUGAAAGAAUGAAGCUUCUUCAGGAUCUUGUACCAGGCUGUGAUAAGGUAACCGGAAAAGCACUAAUGUUGGAUGAGAUUAUCAAUUAUGUACAGUCAUUACAACGACAAGUCGAGUUCCUUUCAAUGAAGUUAUCUUCUGUGAAUCCAAGAUUAGAGUUCAACAUGGGAAACCUUUUCUCAAAGGAUGUGAUCCAACCAAAUUGCUCAUUGCCGCAUCCAAUGUACCCACCAGAUUCCUUGGCACCAACCCAUUAUGGCCAAACUCAUCAAAAUCCUUUACAAGAUAGCAUAACCACCACGGCCCCAUCUCCUAUGGCCCCUUUAAAUUCCACAACUAAUCAAAAUCAUGCUUUACAUUUACCUCCACUUGAUUUUUUCUCUAAUGGUCUUUCUCAGCUAUCAUCAUUAUGUGAGGGAGACCUCCAAAGUAUUGUUCAAAUGGGUUUUGGACAAAAGGAGGAUGGAUUUCAAUCACAAGUUUUACAUGGGUCAAAUCUAUCACCACUUAUGAAAAUUGAGUUCUAACCACCAAUCAUCAAUCUUGAAUAUGAUGGACAGAGGGGGAAGGAAAGGGGAGAGAGACACAGAGGCUGGUUGUACAUACAAAGAGACUUUGAAGGAUCUUCAAGGCCAUUGUUUUAAUAUCUAAUAUAAGAAAAAUAUGUUUUCCUUUUUUUUAUCUUUAUUUUUCCCUUUUCACCUUAGAUUCAUCUCACCUUUCCCUCUUUUUAUCUACCAAUUACUUAUUUUUUUGCCUUAUUAUUUUUUUAGGGGUAGUUAUGCUCAUAUGUAUCCUUUGUAAUAUUCUAUGAUCAUUUGGUGCAAAAGUCUUGCAUUUGCUCCACCCAAUGUAACAUAUAUUAAGUUGAAGAAGAAAGAUAAUUAAAAAGAUAUAGAUGUCAUCUUACGUUUUUCAA